AUGUUGCGUGGGAGGGGGGGGGGUAAACCAGGCGGCUUCCUUGACAAGGGGGCCGAUUUGGACGACCUUUUGGAUGGAUUUGAUUUUAAUGAAAAGGGCAGUUCUAAAACAGGGACCGCGGCAGCUAGCUCUACGUUGGAGACAAGCUUGGAUUCUUUAAAGUUGUCUGUUGAAGCGAAAUCUCUGGGCGCCUCGUCGUUGAACGAGUCGUCCAACACUUCGUCCACCACUACUUCCGCCAUGCGUGGUGUGCAGAAGAGGAGUGGUGUCGCGGCCUCAUCUAGCGCCCGACGGAGCCUUCUUGAUUCCUUACUGAGCCCUGAAGAUGUGAAUGGUGCGGCUACCGGGAUGGAGGUUAACCUGGACAGCUCCUUUGAGGUUAAGGCCGCACCCACGGCGGCCACUUCUCGACGCUCUGUGCGGUUUUCGGAAAAACCGCAAGGCGACAAUGCUCCGGACCUACCCAAUGUGAAUGAGAGGGUAAAACGGGACGGUGAAGCUGAUAACAACGACAAAGAUACAAACUCGCGACCACGGACGGCUCCGGCGGCACGGGAUAGGUCGGGGGUGGGCUGGGGUGAUCUUGAGGAGAGUCUUGACUGGUUCUCGAAGGAUCAUAGUGGUGGCAGUGGUACGGGUGGAGGUGAGUUCAAGGGCGGCCUACAAAAGACUACUUGCAAUAUCUCCAUCGACGGAGGUUUGGACUUGGAUACUACUCUGACAGAAAAGAAAAUUGUCUCUAGAGAAAGUUCCAAUCUUGCUGAAGAAAGGUCUAUCCUCGUUGGUGGUGGUAAGGGGACUGCAGUUCGUCGUUCCCUAAACUUCAAAGGCUCAAAAGAACGAUCUCCAUCUUGGGAACCUCAGCGAUCGCCCUCACUUCUGUCGGUCAUUUCGUCGUUCGUCUAUUGGAUGCAGAGGCGCCUCCCCAUUGUUAUUGGCAUUCGAGAGGUGCGAUUCACCUGUAUUUCACGAACCACCCAAGUGCCUGGAGCUGGCUCAACGCAUAUGGUCGAAUGUGACAAUUCUCAGAAAUAG